ACCUCUCUAAGUUUACUGGCAUAUCUAGAGAAACAAGCUCUAAUAGAUGAAGAUAAUCUGACGUUACUGGAGAACCUCAUCAAAAAGACUGUACCUAGCCUAAUGAGAAAGAUAGAGGACUAUAAAAGAGAGAAGGCUGCUCAGGUAGUAACACCUCCGGUAGACAAGGAAACUGAGUCAUUGCAUCAAGGAGAGAAAGAAUUAAUUUCCUCAUCGGACAUUAAACAAUUAUGUGGAGCCUUACAGGAGGGGUGCUGGCAAAAUGAGCAGGCAAGGAGUAAUGAGUGCCUGAGGCUUGUGUUUCAUUGGCUUGGGUUCAAAGUACAUACAUAUGAUGAUGUGACUAAAGUACGCAUGGAAGAGGUUCUGCAGGAGCAAAAGGGUCACCCCGGCCAUGCUGAUGGGGACUGCUUUGUGUUCUGCGUUCUGUCCCAUGGGAAACCUGGAGCUGUCUAUUCCUCAGAUGGGGCCCUCAUUCCCAUUCGGGAGAUCAUGUCUCACUUCACAGCCCAGCAGUGCCCUGGACUGGCUCACAAACCUAAACUCUUUUUCAUCCAGGCCUGUCAAGGUAUAAAGGAGCAACCUUUCAUGUCCAUUGAAACAGAUGCUGUGAAUCCUGAGCACACGUCCCUUCUCCCCAAGGAUAGUAUUCCUGUUGAGGCAGAUUUCCUGCUCGGUCUGGCCACUGUCCCUGGUUAUGUAUCCUUUCGGCACCAGAAAGAAGGCAGCUGGUAUAUUCAGUCUCUGUGUAAUCAUCUGAAAAACUUGGUCCCAAGACAUGAAGACAUCUUAUCCAUCCUCACCGCUGUCAACGAUGAUGUGAGUCGACGAACGAGCCCAAGUGGAACAAAGAAACAGAUGCCCCAGCCUGCUUUCACACUAAGGAAAAAACUAAUAUUCCCUGUGCCACAGGGAGCUCUUGUAAUAGAGUAA